AUGCACACUGCGUACGAUGAAGAUGCAACAGCAAUUCCAGAUGGUGCCGGAGAAAGGACGCUUAUAGCCGAUUGUCAGACACUGGCACAGGAUACUGGGCCGGUAGUAACAGCUUUGCCGCCGGAGCCCGGUGUUCACGCGGGUUCGAGGAGGCCGUUGGCUACAUUGGCCGGAGGCAGAACACAUACCCUGGGCCAACAUGUUGAAUCGUCUGCUUCGGCUCUCCCUUUUCCGCUCUUUUUGUUCCGUGUUUCAGGAAGAAUGGACGUGCUCAAAGGUAAGCCCUCUCUUCCCUUCGAGCCAUAUCCUCGCCCUGCCAGGGUGUCCCGGCGGCGAUGGGGUUGUUUUCAAACGCAUAUCGACGUUUUGGUAGGCUUCAGUUUCAUUCAUACCGUUUCCGCUUACUGCACCUACGCCCAUGUCAUUCUCUCUCGCCUGCUCCGCCUAUCGUUCGUUGUCCGCUUUGUUACUGUCUACCGCUCCAUAUCCGUAGUCACUUUUCUCCUCUCUCCCUUCUACCAAAGUCUUCCUGGCACUCAUCUCAAGCAUAUAGCCACUGGAAAUGAUGUUGAGACAAGCAACCAGCUCCCCACUCAGAUCCUGGGCGACUCAAACGUCGAACACCGCAUGUACAAGCGUCGCUGGAUCGGCGUCGUUGCAAUCUUCAUCCUGAACAUCGUCUCCGGUCUUACACUCGUGUGGUUUGGCCCCAUCGCCAACUCGGUGGUCGACGAGUUUGGCUUUACCCUCAACCAGGUGAACUGGCUCGGAAAUUGCGUCAACAUUGCCUAUCUUCCACUUUCUGUGAUCGUUCCGUGGGUGUAUGCGCGUCUCGGCGUGCGCCGUACAUGCUAUAUAGGUGGAGCGCUGCUGGUUGCGAGCUCCUGGGUGCGAUACGCGGGGACAGCACCUAGCGUGUCGCUUAAUGGUGCGUAUGCGUUGCUGUUGAUCGGGCAGAUCCUCGGUGGAAUCACGCAGCCGAUCUUCCAAGUUCUUAUCCCUGGUUAUUCAGAGAAAUGGUUCGAUUUGAAGAGCCGGACCACCGCAACGAUGCUGAUGUCAAUUGCAAACCCUAUCGGAAACGGUCUAGGCCAGCUCAUCUCCCCAAUGGUAGGGUCCCCGAGUCACUCGAUCCUCAUCCUAGGCAUCAUUCACACUGCUGCCAUGCCCUUCGUUUUUUUCAUUACUGAUUCUCCGCCGACACCGCCCACGCACGCCGCGUCACAAAAAAAUCCGCCGUUCUUGUCCCUCAUUCGGGCGAUGGCAGGACGCGAGCCCGCGGAGCGGCAGACGUACAUGACGCGCAGGCAGCGGUUCGAUUUCGCUAUAUUUAUACUCGCGUUCGGCGUCCUGGUCGGAGUUAUCAACGCGUUCUCGAUCCUCAGUGCCCAGAUUAUGACACCGUACGGCUACUCGGACACCAUCUCAGGCUUGAUGGGUGCUGCACUGCUUCUUGUGGGCAUCAUCGCCGCGCUGGUGACCGCACCGCUCUUUGAUCGCGUGUUCACGCACCAUCUCGCUUUGACGUGCAAGGUGCUGAGUCCCGUCCUCGGUGCGACGUGGCUGAGCAUGAUCUGGGCCGUGUGUCCCGACAACACGGGCGCGCUGUUCGCGCUGAUGGCCAUCAUCGGUGCGACGAGCCUGAUACUGCUCCCUGUCGUUGUGGAGCUCGCGGUCGAACUUACGCGGAACGCAGACGGCAGCUCGGCGCUGUUAUGGGCCUCGUCAAAUCUGUUCGGCAUUAUACUUGUGUCGGCGGAAGGCGCUCUACGAGACGGGGCAGACUCAAGCCCGCCAUACGGCAUGCACCGCGCGCUGAUCUUCCAGGGUGUGCUUGUGUGCUGCGCGGUCGGGCUUGUGCUCUUCGUCGAGGGGAAGCAGACGCGUCGUGCGCUAGACGAGCAGGUACAGCACGAGGGUGAAGCACCACAAACACCGCCGCGGGGCCGCACCAGUUUGAUCGCAGAUUGGGAGCAUGGCCGACCGCGGAGCAGCAGCCGGACACUUGGCGGUUGCAAUCGAAGUGGUAGCAUCAAAGCGAUUAGCACCAACACAGUUAAUGACAGCGAAGUCACGCUGAUUAUGGAUGUAGGUAUGAGCGAGAGCUCGUCGUGA